AUGUCGAACAACUCGAACAUCAUCGCCAAGGGCCGCCUCCAGCACAUCACCAACACUAUCGGACUGUCCACUGCUGUCGUCCAUGCUCCUCACCGAGUGAAGCCAGCAAACACGGCGGCGAACCACUCAGAACUCAACCCCGUCCACUUCCUCGCCCGCUCUGCAACCGUCUACCCUCAAAAGACCGCCGUCAUCCAUGGGCCCCGUCGCUACACCUACGCCCAACUCAACCGCCGCGCCGUCGCUCUUAGUUAUGCCCUCAAACACCAGCUCUCCAUCCGUCGUGGCGAUAUCGUGGCCAUUAUCGCCCCCAAUAUCCCGGCCAUGCUCGAGGCCCAUUUCGCGAUCCCUGCGGCCAAUGCCAUUAUUUGUGCGAUUAAUACGCGAUUGGCGCCAAAGGAGGUUGAGUAUAUUCUGAACCAUUCGGGCGCCAAGGUGGUGCUGGUGGAUAAGGAGUUUGAGGGGUUGGUGAAGGAGUGCAAUUUGCCGAAGGUUGUUAUUGCUGACACGGGCGUUGCGGCUUCGGAUGAGUACGAGAGGUUCUUGGAGACUGGGUACCAGAAGGCGGAUACCCUUGGGUGGGGUGGGCUUGACCAGACUGAUGAUGAGAAUGAGGGUAUCUCCCUCUGCUACACCAGUGGCACGACGGGAAAGCCAAAGGGAGUGUUGUACACAUAUAGAGGGAUGUACCUAGCCGCGCUCGGAAAUGUGAUCGAGGCCCACUUGCGUCUUGACUCGGUCCACCUCUUUCUCGUCCCCCUCUUCCAUGCCAACUCGUGGAUUUUCCCAUACGCCGUUACUGCCGUUGCAGACUACGAUCAGAUCUGGAAGAUCCUCCUCUCCGAGGGAGUCACCCACUUGAACGGCGCCCCAACCAUCAUGAUCCAAAUCGUCCACCACCCCCAAGCCAUCAAGCUCCAAACCCCCAUUACCUGCACCGUCGCCGGCUCUGCCCCCACCGCAGCCCUCAUCGCCCGCAUGAAGGAACUCAACAUGGAUAUCUGCCAUGUCUAUGGACUUACAGAGACCUAUGGGCCGAUUACGAAAUCGUACCCCCAGCCCGGGUUUGAGGACUUGUCGGUGGAUCAGACGGCCAAGAACUUGGCGAGACAGGGACAUGUGUAUUUGGUGUCGGAUGAUGUUAGGGUUGUUGAUUCCAGGAUGCAGGAUGUUGCGUGGGAUGGCAAGCAAGUUGGUGAAAUUGUCUUCCGUGGUAACCUCGUCAUGAAGGGAUACCAUAAUGACCCAGAGGCCACGGCUAAGGCAUUCGAAGGCGGCUGGUUCCACAGCGGAGACCUCGCAGUCCGCCACGCAGACGGAUACAUUGCAAUCCAGGACCGCCAAAAAGAUAUCAUUAUCUCUGGCGGCGAAAACAUCUCUACCCUUGAAGUAGAAUCUUGCAUCUCCCACCACCCCGCCGUCCUUGAGGUCGCCGUCAUCGCCAUCCCCCACCCACGAUGGGGAGAAACCCCCAAGGCCUUUGUUAUUCUUAAACCGGGUCUUGCGGCGGACAAGAUCGUGACAGGGGAGCAGUUGAUUGGGUUCUGUAAGGAGAAUAUGGCUGGGUUUAAAUGCCCUUCUAGUAUUGUGGUUGUCAAGGAGUUGCCAAAGACGAGCACGGGCAAAUUGCAGAAGUAUGUUUUGAGGGAGCAGGAGUGGAAGGGUCAGACCAAGCGCGUCAAUUAG